CGACCUCCUCCGAGAGCCGAACCCGAAGGCGAGGCGGCGGCGAUGUCGCAGCUCUUCUCCGCCGCCAAGCGGCUGCCCGCCCUUCUUCUCCCCCGACACCAUCUCUCUACUUCUGCUCUCUCCACCUCCUCCUCCCUCCCCGAUGGAGCCACCCCCGCUACCGCCGCCUCGGGCCUCCCCUUCCUCAACUGCCGGCGCCGGAAGAAGCUUCGCAAGAAGCUCCAGAGCCCUCGCGUCGCUCCCAUCCAGAGGGAUGCUGGCCGCCGCCUUCCCGACUUCGAAGCGGUCGUUCGCCUCGACGCCGCCCUCCGCUUCAUCUCCCGCACUAAGUGCUAUCUCUCUCGCCUACCCGGCCACUGCAUCCCCCUCGCUGACGCCGGCAAGCUCCACCGAGAGCUCGGUUUUCCUCGUGGUCGCAAGGUCUCCCGCUUCGCUGCACGCCACCCGCUCCUUCUCCACCUUCCCCGCCUCCCGCCGGACUCCAAACCUCUCCUCGCCUUCACCCCGCUCAUGGAUUCCCUCAUCGCCGAGGAGCUCGUACUCAUGGACGCCAUGGAGUCCACCCGGGUUACCACCGUCCGCAAACUCCUCAUGAUGUCCGCCGGACGCCGCAUCCCCCUCGCCAAGCUCCACCACUGCCGCCUCCUCUUCGGCCUCUCUGAUGACUUCCGUGAUCGCGUCCAUAAGUACCCCGACUACUUCCGAGUCGCCGUGGAUCCUAAAGACGGUCGCCAUGUGCUCGAGCUUGUUGAAUGGGAUCCAGCCCUCGCGGUCAGUGCCCUCGAGAGGGACUUCGUCCCUGAUGAAGCCCGGGUCCGUCGAACAUUCAAGUUCCCCAUCCGCCACGGAAAGGCGUUACCUUUGCAGGAGGACGACGAGAGGAGACUGAAUUCUCUGACUACACUACCCUUGGUGUCGCCUUAUUCAGAUUGUUCAGGCCUGCAGCCGUGGACAGUGGAAGCGGAGAAGUAUCGGGUCGGUGUGAUCCAUGAAUUUUUGAGCCUGACUUUGGAGAAGAGGGCGUGGAUUCAUCACAUUGUGGAGUUCAAGGAGGAAUUCAACCUCACGAAGCAUACUUACCCGAUGCUAUUGAAGCAACCUCGAGCAUUUUAUCUUGCAGGCACCGAGAUGAAUUGGGCUGUGUUUCUAAAGGAUGCUUACAGGGAGGAUGGGACUCUGAUUGAGAAGGAUCCACAGGUGUUGUUCAACGAGAAAUUGCAACAUUAUGCUUUGACAGAAUCAGAAUCUGGUGAGGGGGUUUCCUAAACAAAGAAGUUUGGGCUAAUUGAGUAUAGUGAAAAACAAAUGUUCUUAAUAAAAUUAGUUUCGGUCAAUGAUAACAAGGCCAACUCAGGGGAAUUGGAAUUGCAAAGUUGUAAGAGACAGUGCCUAGAAAACUUUGAUCAGGUGUUGUUCCUGGAGCAAUGAAGGUUAUCAAAGGGUGUCAGCUUUUGCCUUUGGUUACCCUGGAAAUUGAAGUUUAUGAAAUAUUACUUACAGAUUUUUUUUUAAUUUAAAUGCAAUAUGAUUUUAGACGUGAAUUUCUCCCUCUUGGCAAACCUGUUCUGUGAUUAUACCCUCCUAGUUUGUUGUGGUUGCUACCUGUUUGGUGUAAUCCUGCAUUACUCGAUCAAAUAUCUGUGGAGAAAAUCAUGGACACACCAGAUGAUGCUGAUCUCAAGGAAGCUCGACAGCAGGAGUAUGGUCUGCUUUCCUGGGCUGUUCCCAGAAAAAAAUGCUUUAGGCAGACACUUAUCUAUCACUUGCUAGCUUCUCUACUUAUAGAUUGGUUUGUUUUCUUCUUCCAGGACUUACUGCCCACAUUCAGCAAGCUUGGAUGAGGAAAAUGCGUGAUGCAAACUUGAUAAGAUCUUGGGAUUGGCUCAUGCAUAUGUCCAACAAGCCAAGCAGGGUGUCCAUGCAAGAGAAGCAAUUUCUGGGAAGCUGCAAAGAAUGAGUGGAUGAGCUUCCAAUUCAUCAGCAUCAGUCUUCAGGCUAGUUUCGCCUUGACGUUCUCUUGGAUUCUCGAUGCUUGUUAUGUCGCUCCAUCUCCCCAGGGACUGAGAGCCAGUUGCUAGCAGAAGAGCUUAUGCCACAAGUGAUGGCAGUUGAGACAGAAUGCAUCGAGUGAAAUAUAGUGUUGUAUAGGAUAGAUAUGUAGAACAAGAACUCUAUGUUUUUGUUUUCUUGCAGCUGCCUUCUGUUGGGAGUGAAUUCAUUAAAUGGCCCAAUUACGACCCUCUUUGUUAAGUUUUUUUUAUUUUAACACAGAAGAAUUAGUGUAAGAUAUUUCAACUGGCACAUUAUAAUCAGGACCUGACUGCUGUUUCAGUCUGCUUGAAAUGAAAUGGUUGGCUGAAUUCAAGUGUGAA